UUUGUCUUAAUUGCUCGAUCCGAUAUACUCGAUCUGAAAUUGUUUACGUCUGGCCGCCUCGGGUCGUCCGCUAUUACCAUUAAAGAACAUUUUCUAUUGGUUAAACCAGUGGUAUUAUUUGUAAAAUCUCCAUUUUAUGUAGCGUCCAUGUCGGGAAAACAAAGAUCAAAAGCUAAUUUAAUUCAUGAGAGUUACAACCUUACAUAGGCUGUAAGAAACAUCGAGAUGUCUCAGGGUGGUGGUCCUACUUCAUCAAAGGAGAAGAGUGAUGCCAGUCUUGAUCUUCAGGUUGAGGAAUUAUUAAAACCACCUGAAAAGCUUCCUCUAACAAGCAGCCCCUUGGAUGGGGAACCUGAGAAUCACUUCCCUCAAUUUGGAGAAAAGGAUUAUGAAAGUCAUAGAAGUGACAAUGUCUUGGUCCAUCAUCAGCUGGAACCAUUACCACAGAGAGGAUCUUCAAGGAGUUUAAGAGAGAGUGAUGGCCAGCAGCAGAAGAUACGCACUAGUCACUCUAGUAAGAGCAUUGCUGAGGCUACAGAGGAACUCAUUACAAGUAUCGCUGAAGAGAACGUCACUGAUAGUGUUGAUGGGGGAGAGAAAACUGCACCAAAGUUUAUAAUUGGAGAAGAUGAUGGAACUGAACCAUUUGUCCAGUCUGAAAGUCAAUCAGAUGAAAAGAAUCUUCAUACCGAUGCUAACGCUAAGCUGAGUGAAAAGCCUGGAUCCCACAAGCACCAUCGUCACCACCACCACUCUCAUAGCAAGAAGCAACGUAACUUGUCUGUGGACCCCAACGAACGUCUACGACAGGGUAGUGAUGUUAAUCUUAAGAUGCAUGAUAUAUCUAUCAAGAUUGGUGGUGAUGAUGAUGAUGAUGAGGAAGGAGAGAUGAAUCCAUCCAUCAGAGAGACCAUGGCUGUCCAUCGUCUUGGUGAUAUGUCUGGAGGAGGACGUCAUCACCAUUCCUCUCACAGGCACAGUGUCAGCUCCUUUGUCCAUGUGCGUGGUAGGAGAAAUUCGGGGGAGAAGAAGAAGAAGAAUUCACCAAGAAAGAAAGAGUUUGAUCACAGGCCUCAUGAGGUCUUUGUUGAAUUGGAUGAGUUGUACAAGGAGGAGGGUCAUGAGAUGCAAUGGAAGGAGAAAGCUCGUUGGAUCAAGUAUGAGGAAGAUGUAGAAGAAGGUGCACAGCGCUGGGGUAAACCUCACGUUGCCUCUCUGUCCUUUCACAGCCUGGUAGAGCUAAGACAAUACUUAGAACAUGCCACUGCCUUGUUUGAUUUGGAGGAGACUAAUCUCUCAACAAUCUUUCAUCGUAUUGUUGACACCAUGAUCAACGCUGGUCAGAUCAAAGAAGAGAAUAGAGGAGAUAUCAUGAGAGCACUCUUACUUAAACACAAGCACGUGAAUGAUGGUGGCAACCACAAUAUUCUACGCAACUUCUCUACCAUCUCCCUUGGUUCCAUGGAUGACAAGAAGGGUGAAAGGCACGAGAAACAUCAUCACCACCACUCUGGUAUCUUUAAGAACCUGUCUUCAAUCAGCCUUACUGGACACGGUCAAACAAAGCCGGAAUCUGAAGUACGUAUUCCCAUGAUCAGCAUUGAUGGCAAACCUAAUACAAAUGGCAUGCCUAAUGACAACCAGAAUGCAUCGUCAGGUGGAUUCAACACCACACCCUCUUCAACCUCUCUCAUGAAACUCGCCCAUAAACUGGACAACAACAGGAUUGAAGGCAUCAUGCGUAAGAUCCCACAGGAUGCAGAAGUAACCUCUGCCUUGGUAGGUGAGGUGGACUUCCUUCAGACCCCAGCUGUCUCAUUUGUACGUCUUGCAGAAGGUGCUAUCCUAGAUAACUUCUCUGAAGUACCCAUCCCUGUCAGGUUCCUCUUUGUCAUGCUGGUACCAACCGAUUCUGACAUCAACUACCAUGAACUUGGAAGAUCUUUCUCCACGCUCAUGUCCAAUGAUCACUUCCAUGAGACUGCAUACCGUGCUGAAUCAAUGAGGGAUCUACUAACAGCCAUGAACACUUUCAUUGAUCACACCAUUGUACUACCACCCGGUGACUGGGAUAGGGAACUUCUUCUACCAGUACUACGAAUGCAGAAUGAGAAGAUGAAGAAGUUGAGAGCUGAAUCGAUGGAAGAUGAUUAUGAUGGGGACUUGACGGUCGUUGAUAUCACUUCCAAGAAACGUUACCCAAGGUUCCCUGAUCCUCUGAAGAGGACAGGUAAGAUCUUUGGAGGUUUGAUCAAUGAUGUCAGACGUCGUUAUCCUCACUAUUGGUCUGAUAUCAAGGAUGCAUUCAACCUUCAGUGUAUCGCUGCUUUCUUCUUUAUCUUCUUCGCUGCCCUUUCUCCAGCCAUCACUUUUGGAGGUUUGUUAGCUGACAAGACAGAGAACUGGGUUGGUGUAUCUGAGACCAUCAUUGCCACAGCAAUCAAUGGAUGUAUCUUUGCUUUGUUCUCUGCUCAGCCCUUGACUAUCGUUGGUGUGACUGGCCCUAUUCUUGUCUUUGAAGAAAACCUGUAUUCGUUCUGUAGUGACCGCAACAUUGAGUACCUACCGUUCCGUGUUUGGGUCGGUAUCUGGCUCUUUGUCAUCAUCACUGUCAUGGUUGCAUUCGAAGGGAGUGUUCUGGUUCAAUACUUCACACGCUUUACUGAAGAGAUCUUUGCGUUCCUCAUCGGUCUCAUCUUUAUCUAUGAAGUGUUUGCCAAGCUGUAUAAGAUCUUCAAAGCCCAUCCUCUCCUGGAAGACUACUGUUUUAUCCCUGGUACUGAUGAAUUUAUGAACUAUACCGAGGUCUGGACCAAUUCUUAUACAGAAUACACCAAUGAGAAUGGAACUGUCCUCUAUAAUCUUUCUGCUCCUGGCAACAUGACAGGUAAUAUGACAGUUAUGGGUGAUUGUUCUUCAAGCAAGAAGGUGAUUGAGGGUCAACCAAACACUGCUCUCCUCUCUACCAUUCUAACCCUUGGAACAUUCUUCUUGGCUUUCUUCCUUCGUAAAUUCAGACAGGGACGUUUCCUCGGGAGGAGUGCAAGAAAAAUGAUUGGUGACUUUGGAAUUCCCAUUUCUAUUCUGGUCUUUGUGAUGGUUGACUUCUUUGUCAAGCCUACAUACACACAGAAACUUGAUGUUCCUGAUGGUCUGAAGCCAUCUGAUGUCUGCAAACGUGGUUGGUUUGUUAACCCUCUUGGUAUCAACAAGCCUCUUGGUAUCGGUCUCAUGUUUGCUGCUUGCAUCCCCGCUCUUCUUGCUUUCAUUCUCAUGUACAUGGAAACACUCAUCACUGGACUGAUCAUUAAUAAGAAGGAUAACAAGAUGAAGAAGGGUUCUGGAUACCAUUUGGACACCUUCCUCAUUGGUUGUAUGGCUGUUUGGAAUGGUCUGCUAGGAUUACCUCUGGUAUGGGCUGCUACUGUCAGGUCAGUCACCCACAUUGGGGCUCUCUCUGUCUUCAGCAAGUCACAUGCUCCAGGAGAAAAACCAAAGCUUAUUAAAGUCCUGGAACAGAGGCUCACCGCUCUAUUCAUCCAUGUUGUUAUUGGUGCAUCCAUUGCCAUCUCUCCCCUCCUUCGUCAAGUUCCUCUAGCUGUUCUCUUUGGUGUGUUCCUCUACAUGGGUGUUACCUCACUCAAUGGUAUCCAGAUGGUUGAGCGAGCCAGUCUUCUAUUCAUGCCUGUCAAACAUCAUCCAGAUACACGCUAUGUUAGGGAGGUUCGUACAUGGAGGAUGCAUGUCUUUACUAUCAUCCAGCUAUCAUGUCUAGCCAUCCUUUGGAUCAUCAAACUCACCCCGGCUGCCCUCGCUUUCUCAUUCUUCCUCAUCCUCCUUGUUCCUAUCCGCAGUCAAUUGAAGAGGAUCUUCACUAAGCAGGAAUUAGAUGCGCUUGACAGUGAAGAGGUAGAUGCUAAUGAUGAUGAAGAUGAUGAGUAUCAGACCGUUCACAUGCCUCAGUAGAGGUCAAAGGUUAUUUGAGGAUCCAUCGAAAAGCAUAUUGAAAUUUUGCUGCCAUUAACAGUACAUAAUAUAUCCUUCCAUGGGAUUUUUUAUUAAGAAAUAAAUGCCAUUGACCAUUGUAAAUCAACAGAUGUUAAAGAUUCAAAGGUCGUGUGAGGUUUAAAGAUCAUACUAACCUUAGUAACAUCAUUUGUAAGCAGCUGGUGUAUCAAGAUAGAUUUGUGUUAUCAAGAGCUUCAUGUCUACAACUGCCUUCUAGUCUUUUCCAUGAAGAAGAUAUUUUGAUUGUUUGAGGAUUUAUAAUGUUAAAAAUUUUGAGAAAAUGAAUGUUUGCUUGAGAUGAAUCAAUGAAGUUGUGAUGAUUAUGAUCGCAUGGAGGAUAUAUUCUCAAGGACUUUAAUGUAUAUGAAUAAAUUAACAAUUUAUGAAACAGUAUUUUUAAUCUUUUUAAUAA